AUGCCUAUCAAACCAAUACCUCGUCUUCCAAUCCUACGUAACGGUGUCGGUGCAUUCGUGCUACCUUGCAAAAGAAUAACAUUACAAUUUGAUAAAUGUGGUGGUAGCUCUAAAGGUUUAAGAGAUUUCUUGAAAAAAAGAUUAGAUCAAUAUGCUUCAUCAAAUCCAAAAAUUGAAUUCAAAAUUGUGGAAAAAGCUGGUCAUCCAGUCAUUAAAGGUGAAUAUAUAAAUGGACGUGAAAAAGCCAUUUGUAUACGUAAUUUAAACAUUGAUAAUGUUCAAAAUAAAUUAAAUCUUUUAAGAGAAUCAAGUGGUGAACAAUUAAGACAUACAAAGAGUAAAGUGGAAAGUUUGAAUGAAAGUAUCAGAGGUAUCUGGUCUCCAUUACAUGUUGAUCCAACAAAGAGACAUAAAGUUUAG